UAUGGGAGCUCUUUACGAAGACGUUGAGAGGUUCUUUGGCGAUAUCUUUGCCGCUUAUGGGAGAAUUUUAGCGAAAUGGCCUUUUUGCUUUAUAAUAGCUUCAGCAGUUUUGUCUGGUCUACUUGGAUUUGAAAUUGAUUAUGUUAUUGAAAAAGUUAUGAAUAUAACGGAUUAUGAAAUUGUAUGUGCAAGAAACGACGGUCAAUGUGCUAUUGACGGUAUGGACUCCAUACGAAAAUGGAAUAGAGAAAGAUCAAGAGUUUGUGGUUUAUCUGGUGCUAAUAGCGACGCAGAUGAUUAUUUAGCUAUAACCCACAAAAUAGGCGAUUGUGUCGACUUGGCUAAAGCCUUAAAAAUUAGAUUCUACUUAAGAAGGGAUAACGAACGAAUAUUAAGAGAUUCAAAGGAAUGGCAGAAGAGAUUUAUAAGUUUACUUAACAAGUUAAAAUCUGAAUUAAACUACACAGUGGUGAAUUACGCCGCAACCGAAUCGUUGAGUAUUGAAUUAAAUGCCAGGGUCAGAGUUGAUCUUAAAAAGUUUGCAUUUACUGUUCUCAUUAUGAUCGUAUAUACAACAAUGCAUAUGCACUAUAAAUUAUAUUAUGAAUUAAACUAUUCUCUCCUAGCCAUUCUGGGUUCGUGUGGACUAUUAAGUGUUCUGGAAAUUCCUUUUGCCGAUUCUUGCGGUGUCAUGCCAUUUUUAGUUUUGGGAGUUGGGGUCGAUGAUAUGUUUAUUCUUAUGUCCGGUUGGAGACAAACAGAAAUUACAUCAUCCGUUGACGAAAGAAUAGCUCAGACGCUCAGGUCUUCUGCAAUUAGUGUUACUAUUACUUCACUUACGGAUUUAUUAGCUUUCUGUAUUGGGGCAACGACGCCGUUCUACAGUGUUAGAUGUUUCUGUGUCUAUGCUGGUAAGUAA